AUGGCAUUCGCAGCAGAAUUGCGGCUGGCGACUUUUGAGAGCGGUUCACUCAAAACUGCAACUCGCUAUAACUGCAACUUCCCGGCGUUACGGCAUCCCGUCGGUUUGUCUUCUCUGUACCGGCAUCUGGGUGGAGUCAAAAAUGUGGAGGCGGUAACUGUGGAUGUGAGUCCAGUCGGCUGCCCUCCUGGUAAAUACGGACUCCUUUGUGACAAGACCUGCAUCUGUAAAAAUGGCGCCCGUUGCCAUGGUUUCAAUGGUGCCUGUAAAUGUACACACGGAUGGCAGGGUGAGUUCUGUGAUGAAGCAUGUGACUGUCUCCGUGGCGCCAGCUGUGACUGGAGGUCUGGCUGCGUCUGUCCUCCGGGCUGGACAGGAGACAGGUGUCAGACCCCAUGUCCGAACGGCACGUACGGCGAGCGGUGCGCGAAGAAGUGUCGUUGUCGAAACGGUGCUAGCUGCGCCCCUAGCGGUGGUGAGUGUUCCUGCACUGCUGGCUGGUACGGGUCGUUUUGUGACGUUCCCUGUCCCAGACACAGGCACGGCUUCAGGUGUCAGAAGAUCUGCACCUGUAAAAACAACGCCACCUGCGACAAUGUGGACGGCAGCUGCACCUGUGCAGCGCCCUGGAAAGGAAAGAACUGUGACGAAAUCCAAGCAAUUGGAUCAAAAACAUUGGUUGAACUCCUUGUUCCGUCAGGUUUUGGAAUUGCCCUGCUUGCUUGUGUAGCGAUCGUACUUCACAAAAAGCGCCCCCUGUGUGACGACACCGCCGCUGCAGACGGGGAGACUGAAGCUCUCCUGGAGUUAGAGCAGGUACAGACUGACCUGGCACAGACCGUCCAGCCGGGCUGGCUCAGACGCUGGGAGACGAGCAGCCGACAUCUGACACUGGGUCACCUGGUGGGGAUGGGGAUGUUCGGACACGUCAUUCAGGCCAAGCUGAAGAUAUCUACGGGAGAAAUCACCACCGUAGCUGCCAAGGCGGUCCGAAGAAAAGACACGCAAUGUUAUCGGAACUUCUACAAGGAGCCGGCCAUCUUGGUAGCCGUGCAUGAGGACCAGCAUCACGAAAACCUUCGCUCCAACAUCAUACAAUUGUUGGGGUUAGUAAAUGAAGCGUCACGGAAAUAUAUCCUCAUGGAAUACGCUUCUAAAGGAAACCUCCUGCGCUUGUUGCGACGGACACGCAGGCAGAACGGNCCAGGAACCGCGUUACGACGGCAAUAA